AUGAAGAAAUUGAGAAUGACUACACCACACUAUAUUAUCUGCCAAUUGAGAUGCAAUGGUGUUUUGGAAGGUAUUAGAAUUACACGUCUUGGGUAUCCAAACAGAAUCAUCUACAACGAAUUCUUGAAGAGAUACUUUUUUCUUGGAACUAACAUCAACAAGAAGACUUCAGAUGCUAUGCCAGUAGUCAAGGAUCUCAUGAAACUAUUUUGUGAGAAGUACAAGAAACAAGCCAAGAGUGAACACUGGCAAAUUCAAAGAGGAAAGGAAGACUUAAGCAAGUUAACUACUGAGUACAAGAAACUUGAAGCUGAUAAUCAAAGACUUCAAGAUGAAAUUACUGAACACAGAGCCACUAUUGCUAAGAGGGAUAGUGUUAUCACCGAGUUGAACAAAGACAUUGAAGGUAUGGAAAGCGAAAUUUCUGACUUGAAGAAGCAGUUUGUGGCCGAAGAAGACAAUUCAAAGGAUCUUGAGACACAAUUGCACGAAAAGGAAGACGACAUUGCUAAUUUGGAGAAACAAACGAAGACUGCUGCUUUGACUUUGGCCAAGAAUGCAAAUGAUAAAAAGAUUUCAUUAUUGAACUCAGAGAAAGACGAGUUAGAAGAUAAAAAUAGAAAACUUGCUGUGUUGUUUAAGAAAAUUGAAGACGGACUGAAUGACUCUGAUAUGUUGAAAGCACAGAAGGCCGACUACGAAGCCCAAAUCCAAGCGUUGAAAGAUGAUAUGGAGAAGACUAAAAAGGACUUGGCUGCCAAAUCUGUUGUCGAUGCCAAAUUGAAAGACACUGAAAAAGAAAAAGUUUCUCUUAACGAAGAAGUCGAAGCCGCAAAUGAGAAGUUGAGAAUUACUAAGAACGACUUGGGAAGAACUAAGCCGAACUUGACCAACUCCAACAGAACUUAUCUUAAGAAGAAUGCCGCCACUGAUGCUGCUGAUAAAAAGAAACUAAAUGGAACUGUUAAUGAGAGCAAUAAAAAGAUUGAGGAAUUGAGUGCCAAAGCCGACAAACUUUCUGGUGUUAUCACAAGAAGAGGACAAGAAGUUGCUGAAGCCGACGAAGAGCUUGAAACUGUCAAGAAAGACAAAUUUGCGAAAGAAAUAGAAGCGAAGAAGUUGAAAGCAGAAAACGACGAAAUUAAAGAAGAGGUGAAGAACUUAGCGAAUGACAAAGACCAACUUUCUUCUGAAAAGAAGAAGCUUCAAGACGAAUAUGACCAACUCAAUAACUUAGUUUCAGGACACGAAGAUGAGAUCAACAAUCUGAAUGGUUCAAUCAAAAAGUUACAAAGAGACUUAGAAGCAAACAACACUGAGUUGACUGAAUUAAGAGACAGAACAGCUAAAGACAAGAAGAAAAUAACCGAUUUGGAACAACAAAGAGACAACCAAAUAGUUGAUUUGGAAAAGGCAGUUGCUGCGUUGAAAGACCAGAACACUCAACUUGAUGUUGUUGAGAAGGAUAUGAAGAAACAAUCAGUUGAAGACGCUUCAAAUAUUGAGAAUAAUGAAUCACAUAUUAAGGCACUUGAAGCACAAAAGAAGAUGGCAUUGGACGACAAAGCGGAGGCUGAGAAGACUGCUGCGGACCAAUCUGAUAGAAGAUGGAAGACCAAGUCAAACACUCAAUGCACAACAAAUAACACUGAAGAAAAGUUGACUAAAAAGGCCAAAGACUUGACAGUCCAAGUUGACCAACUCAUUGAUGAGAAGAAGAAGAAUGAUAAUGAUUUGGAGGAAAUGGACAAGAUGAUCAAAGACUUGAAUGCUGAAGUCGACAUAGCACAGAAACAACUUGACACUGCAAAUGAUGAAAAAGAUGGCAAUGAAGCGAUGAAACAGAAAUACCAAGACGAACUGAAGAGCGUUAGAACUGAACUUGAUCAAGAAAACAAAGACCACACUAAGACCCAAUUGAUUAAAAAAAUAGUACAAGAAAGAUAUCGCUGA